UCACCUCCUCUGCCUCCCCCUCCUCUUUCUCCAACUUUUCUUCCUUCUCCUCUUUCUUGCCCCCAUUCCUAGUCAGAUAACACCACACCCAGUAUGUGAGGCCCCCCUAGGCGCGACUGACUCUGCCUUCCUCUGGUGCUACACAGGGCCUGUGGGGAAAUCAGGAGUGCUUAGUGUAUACAACAUGAUUUUGAGCUUCAGUCUCCCCAGCUAUGAAGUCAAAGGAUAGGCUGCCUUCUCUGACUCCCUAAGGAGCCAACAGCCACAUGAAGGUUCUUGGGGCUCUGGAAGUCUGGAGCCCUGAAAGAUCUAUGAGACACAAGUGUUCCUGAAGUUCCCCUUAGUCCUAAGGACCCGCUGAGGUGUACCUUGGAGUGGCCCUAGAACAUUCUUCUGUUUUCCUCCACAGGUGGACAGCCUCUAGGCUGCAUGGCUUCAUAGAGGAUGAAGACCAACCCUGUGGGCUCCUCACUAGGAACCUGUCAAGCUGCAGGCCAGGGCGAGAAGAGCUGCCCUGUCUGCCAGGCCUGUGGAGGGGUCUCAGGCCUGGGGUCUGCUUCAGGGUUGGGGUCAGGUCUUGGGCCAGGGCCUGGGGCUGUCCCAGGGUCUGGGUCAGGACCUAGCACUGCUUCUGUGACUGGCCUAGUACCUGGUGCUACUUCAGGGCCUGCUGCUACUCUGGGACCUGCUUUAGCAGAGGGACCAUUACCUGGACCAGGAGCUAGGAUUGGACCCAGGCCAGGAGCUGAGUCAAUACCUGGGCCAGUACCUCAGCCAGGAGCUGGGACAGGAGCCGGGCCAGUACCUCAGCUAGAAAGUGAGUCAGUACCUAGGCCGGGACCUGCACCAUUACCUGGACUGGGGCUAGGGCCUGGGACCAGACGAGGCUCUGGGACUGGUUCUAAUCCCAGUGAAUCAGUGACAACCCCAGAACCAGCACAGCAGCAGAAGACUCAGGCCAAACCCACACAGACCCCCAGACAGAAGGUUCUGGUGACUGGAGGAGGAGGCUACCUGGGCUUCAGCCUGGGCUCCAGCCUGGCCAAGAGAGGCACUUCUGUCAUCUUGCUUGACCUCCGAAGACCCCAGUGGCCACUACCCACAGGAACCGAGUUUAUCCAGGCUGAUGUCCGAGAUGAGGAAGCCCUGUACCAAGCCUUCCAGGGGGUGGACUGUGUCUUUCACGCGGCCUCCUAUGGCAUGUCUGGGGCUGAGAAGCUACAGAAACAGCAGAUUGAGUCUAUAAAUGUCGGAGGCACCAGGCUAGUGAUUAAUGUCUGUGUCCGUCGGCGUGUUCCAAGGCUUGUGUACACCAGCACGGUCAACGUGACAUUUGGUGGGAAGCCUAUAGAGCAGGGUGAUGAGGAUUCUGUCCCAUACUUCCCCCUGGACAAGCACAUGGACCACUACUCUCGAACCAAAGCCAUUGCUGACCAGUUGACUCUCAUGGCCAAUGGGACACCUCUCCUAGGAGGAGGCACCCUCCGCACCUGUGUGCUCCGUCCCCCAGGGAUCUAUGGCCCUGAAGAACAAAGACACCUGCCCCGGGUGGUGAGCCAUAUCAAGAAGAGACUGUUCAUGUUCCGGUUUGGGGAUCGCAGGACACGCAUGAACUGGGUCCAUGUGCAGAAUCUAGUGCAAGCGCACAUGCUGGCGGCUGAGGCCCUCACCAUGGCUAAGGGCUAUGUGGCUAGUGGGCAGGCGUACUACAUCAAUGAUGGGGAGAGCGUCAACCUCUUUGAGUGGAUGGCCCCACUGUUUGAGAAGCUGGGGUACAGUCAGCCCUGGAUAUGGGUACCAACUUCCUGUGUUUAUCUGUCAGCUGCAGUGAUGGAGUACGUGCACCUGGCAUUGAAGCCCAUCUGCACCGUCCCCCCACUACUCACCCGCAGUGAG